AAACCAUGAAUGUAUUCAAGAAUCACAUCAUCAGAAACCAAGUGUUGAAUAUAUUGUAUCCAUGAAAUCCUUGCAAUUUUAGGUUCUUCUCACCUAUUCAGUAACCUCAUCAACCUGAGGUUUCUUGUACCAAAAAUUUGAGAGUUGCAAUAUUAAUCAGCUACCUCUCAUGGCUCCAUGCCUUCUCAAAGCAUUUCUGCUAGUGUAUGCAAUAUUCUUUACAGGGACAUGGGCUCUCAACUCAACAUCUGCAUCUUCUCCCACCACUACUUUAUUAGAUGCCCAUUUGGCUUCAAUAAGAUCUGUGUGCAAAUCUACACCAUAUCCCGAUGCCUGUUUUGAUUCCUUGAAGCUCUCUAUUUCAAUAGAUAUUAAUCCUAACAUCAUUAACUUUGUUCUUCAAUCCCUCGAGACCGCAUUCUCGGAGGGCGGCAAGCUUUUGGAUCUCUUGCUCAAUAUUGGAAGCUCGGGUGUCGUUGAAAACCAAAGAGGAGCCAUUCAAGAUUGCCAGGAACUCCACCAAAUUACCAUGAAUUCUCUACAGAGAUCCAUGUCUCGGAUUAGUAGUUCAGCCGAUUCUCGUAAAUUAUCUGAUGCGAGAGCCUUUCUUAGUGCAGCCCUCACCAAUAAAGACACCUGCUUGGAGGGCCUCGAUUCUGCCACUGGUCUUCUUAAACCUGUCCUAGUCGACUCCGUCGUCAAUACUUACAAAUACAUUAGUAAUUCACUUUCAAUGUUGCCUAACCCUGCAGUGCCUCAAUUAAAAACCAAAGGUGGUGCUAACAGGCGCCUCAUGGGUUUUCCGGCGUGGAYGUCCCGGAAAGAUCGUCGGGUACUACAAAGCUUCGACGGUGGUUACAACCCAAAUGACGUGCUUACGGUGGCUAAGGACGGAAGCGGAAACUUCACCACCAUCACGGACGCCAUUAAUUUUGCCCCUAACAACAGCUAUGACAGGACAAUUAUCUAUGUUACACAAGGGGUGUACCAGGAAAAUGUGUACAUCCCAAGGCAUAAGACUAACAUCGUUCUUCUGGGAGAUGGAGCAGAUGUGACGGAAAUCACAGGUUCCAGAAGUGUGGGGGAUGGUUGGACUACUUUCAGAUCUGCAACUGUGGCCGUAUCGGGCGAUGGGUUCUUGGCGCGGGACAUAGCCUUCACGAACACGGCGGGACCCGGAAAACACCAAGCGGUGGCCUUACGGGUGAGUGCAGACUUGUCGGCAGUCUACCUGUGCAAGAUAACGGGGUACCAAGAUACGUUGUAUGUACAUUCCUUUCGGCAGUUCUACAGAGAGUGCGACAUAAGUGGGACGGUGGAUUUCAUAUUUGGAAAUGCAGCAGUUGUGUUCCAGGGAUGUAACAUGAUAGCAAGACUGCCCAUGCCAGGACAAUUUAAUGUGGUCACUGCUCAAUCCAGAGACACCCCAGAUGAGGACACUGGGAUUUCCAUACAGAACUGCUCCAUUAUUGCCUCCCAAGACUUAUCCUCUAACAUGGCUACUGUCAAGACUUACCUGGGUAGGCCAUGGCGACCUUACUCUAGGACGGUGUACAUGGACUCCUACCUUGAUAAUCUCAUCGAUUCCAUCGGCUGGACACAAUGGUCCGACGACCAAGGCCUCGAUACCUUAUAUUAUGGAGAGUAUCAAAAUACUGGACCUGGUUCAGCCACUGACGGCCGAGUCACCUGGCCAGGUUACCACAUCAUGAAUUAUGACGACGCGUGGAAUUUCACCGUUUCCCAGUUCAUUACCGGCGAUGAGUGGCUGGACUCGACUUCUUUUCCUUACGACAACGGAGUCUGAUGAUCCCGGUGUAAAUGUGUAGUCAAUUCAACAUACAUCUGUAUAAAUGGCCCAUGAGGCCAUGAACAUGAAGGUGAAGCAACUAAGAGGGCUAGAUACGACCUACGACCCAAACCUUUUUGUUUAAUCAUGAAUCGUGAUGUGGGUCUACUAUUCCUUAUGGCUUGUCCAAUUAGCUUUGGCUGAUUAUGUGACUGAAAUUUCUUUGUUCCUCAUGUGGCCUGUAAUCAAGGCAAGGGAAAAAGGGGCAAAAUUUUCUCCACA